GUUUCUCCUUGCAUCCCAUUGCUCUGAAGACAAGACACACGCGCAUAUUCUCGCAACUUCAUGAGGCGAAUUUCAGCUCAUUGGACUCCCGCAUCAUGUUGGACGAAAACCUCCCUACUUUCUAUAUCAGUCCUAAUGGGAAAAAGCUCACAACCAAUGUCUUAUUUACACAGCAUGGAAAUGAACCUCAGCCCACCUAUACGCUUCGUCGCCUCGAUGCCUCCCAGCCCGCCUCCCAGAAUCGCUAUGCGAUCGCCCUCUACGACGCAUACAUCCCCGAAGUGCUAUACGGAGAGGUGUUGAUUGUGCCAAAAUGGACUCAACCGACCCUAUCAGCAGAAGCAAUUCGUCAGAACGGCGGUGUCGCUCCUCCCCCGAACCCGUUAUGCCUACCGAAUUUUCUAUCCACCUAUACAAUCCCGAUCAAAUAAUCACGGUACAGUACAAGCCGAAAACGUGGAACACCCAGCCAUCGUGGGAGUUUGAGAUGCCCCAACAAUCCUUCAAGCAACCAUCGAAUUCGACACUGGACCAAAUGGAAAGUGACCCUGCCGCCUCAGAUAUAACACCGAAGUUGAAAUUUGUCUGGCGGAAGGACGGUUCGUUAUCGAAGGAUUUCGCGUGUUACCUCUCAGGGAAGACCACUACCCCCGGUACUCGCAAGAAGAACAAGGAACCAGAUAUCACCCUUUCGAUUUUCAAAGCACUCAAAGAACUUACACUUUACGAACCCAACCUAUAUCGAGUCGAAAUGGAAGACUUUAAAGGCUUAGAAGUCGUACUGAUGCUAGGGGCUGUGGUCAUUCGGGAUAUUUUCUUUGGCCCAUUGAAAGACGCCUUCAAUAUUGCCAACUCGUCUGCUCCUGUCAACCCGGUUGCAACAGGCGCCGUAGUGCCACCAAGCAACAAGACCUCCGCCACUACUGCUCCUCCCCGGCGGCCGCAGGUCACUAUUCCAGUGCGGGAGUCUCGACCAGCGUUAGCUCAACAAAAUACGAACCCGUCAACAAAUCGUGAGACUGAUGCAGAGAAUGCUCGCAUGAAACAGCAACGGCAAGCUGAAGAACAACAACGUCGACGAAGAGCCGAAGCAGAGGAACGCCAAUCACGGGAAUUACUUGAAGCGGAGAAAAAGAGACAGCAGAAAAAACAAGCAGACAUCAAUAAAGAAACAGAACGCUUGAAGAAACUUUAUGGAAAGGAGGAUGAGCAAAGCCGUCGGCAGAAAAGACCUCCUCAGCCACCACGGUCACAUACUCCGGGCAUUGUUGUGCACACGUCAAGUCCAGUGCACCAGGCCAGGUACUCACACUACCUUCCUCCCACUCAAAAUCAGCAACGGCCGGGUCCGUACAUGCAAUCACCAGGUAAGCAUCGGCCUUCGCAGUCUACAGCCAGCUUCCAUGCACCACCACAACCACCGAGACCACAAUCGUCAGCUUCUUUUUUUGGAAAUGGCCAGCGGCCGCCUUCAUCUGCCCAGCCGGUGCCGCAAUUGAAAGAGAAAAAGAGCUUCUUCGGCUUUCUGAGACCGUCAGAUAACGACGACAAGAGCAAGCUGAGCAAAAAACGAAGCUCAAUGUUCUAAUUGAAAAAAGAGGAGCCAGGUGCUUUCAUUUUGUGAUACCCUCUAUUGUUUAUAUGGGAAUAUUAUGACGGCCAUGAUUUACUAUCCUUUGCAUGUCUCAGGGUUUUUGGAGCAUAAAAAGCUGGUGUUCUGCUUAUAUUUUGACUUUCUGUUUAUAUAUGGUUUGACGCCAGAGGAAGCAGGCUUGGAUGUGGAUUAUAUUAGGCAACUGUUUUUUUUUUUUUUGGAAUUAGUCCAACACUCCAGAUGUCUUGAUUAAACGUUCAAUGGCAACUGGAAACCUAAGGUUAAAUGAAAGUUCUGGUUCGAUUC